GUCCAUAGUAUGAUGCUACAGCAUGAGCCAUAUAUAAAUAAUAUUUCUCGUCUUAAUUUAUAGUUCUUGGUUCUUGAAACUUCAUAUAUACAUACCUGUGACCAUUCUUCUGAAGUGUUUGCUACGGAGGCGUUGUUCUUGGCCGCACUUAAUCAUCUUGAAACUCAAGCUCCGUUCCCGGACAACUGAUUUCAUAUCCAGUCUUUAAUAUUGGAUAUUCGCAUUCAGAGCCUCAAACCGUCUGUCACUGUAUCAACACCAAAUCUACUCUCAUCUUUGUUUGGGGGAUUGCAAUUUGGUACUGGUUUCAGUAUUCGAUAAUACGCCAAUUGCACACAAUCGCUGUCGAUCUCUCAUCCAUCUACACUUCGCGCCUCUUUACGCUUCAAUUCGAUUCAAUCUAUCGACUGCACCGGCGCGUUCUACAAAUCAUAUCAUAUUAUACCACGAUUCUCGUAUCCCUUCACCUUGAGAGUACUGUUUCAGGAAUUCCGGAGGUGAUUCGGCGCUUGUCCGUGGGUACAUUGCCUCAAUAAAAGAUCGGUCGGUACCUUAUUAGUGCCUCAAUCGAGCUCGAUUUUUUUUUUUCCCUCGUUGUUACUCAGCCGGAAAAAAAAGGAACUCCACCACCAUUAACUUUCUCUGAAUCAGCCUUACCUUGGGGGAACAAAGUAGAAAACCGAGGUCCACGUUUUGGAGACUUGAAUCUUUGACAUCUGAUUUUGAACAUCGAAGAAAAGCAAACAUGGGAGGUCUCUCGCAUAGCAAUUCGCCGUCUCUCGGCUGGGUCGUUCAAAAAUUCGGCGGCACAAGCGUUGGCAAGUUUCCGGACAAGGUUUGUUGUUCCCCGUUGAGCUUCGGAGAGGCAUUAUUCUGUGGUUUUUAUACACAUUGCUAACCAGAAUGUUCAGAUUGCUACAGAUAUUGUCAGGUAUGAUAUUUCCCCGAAGCGUUUGGAUAUGGAAAAGAAAGAAAGAAAGAAAGAAAGAGAGAAAUGGCUUAAAAUUGUCUUGUAUGGCUGUAACUGACCCCGCCAAUAGAGCCAGCUUGUCUCAAAACAGAGUCAUCGUCGUUUGCUCUGCCAGAAGCACGGGCAAGAAAGCUGAAGGAACCACCAGUCGACUACUCGCCGUCUACGGCAAGCUCAGAGGUGUCGGCGCCGCCAUGUGCGUCGAUGAGGAGCAGCAGAAUGAACUGGUUGAGCAAGCUCGUGGAUUGAUGCUUGAUAUCUGCAACGAUCACGUCUUUGCUGCUGAGGCUUACAUCCAAGAUCCUUCUCUACGUGGAAAACUCAUUCAGACAAUCAAGGAUGAGUGUCAAGAGCUGGUCGAGUAUAUCGUCGCUGCAAAGCGAUUUAACCUUGAGAUCAACUCAAGAGCAAAGGAUCGUGUUAUCAGCUUCGGUGAGAAACUGAGCUGUCGUUUUAUGGCGGCUCUUUUGCAGGAUAAGGGCGUCGAGUCUGAAUAUGUCGAUCUUUGCGAUUCAUUCCACUAUGAUGCUAACGAGAGACUCGACGGCAAGUUCUACCGCACUGCCUCAGAGGCUUUUACCCGCAAGAUCGCCGCCUGUGAGAGCCGCGUCCCUGUCGUUACUGGUUUCUUUGGCAACGUUCCUGGCAGUCUCAUCGACGGUGACAUCGGUCGUGGUUACACUGAUCUUUGUGCAGCCCUCUGCGCCGUGGGCGUCAAGGCUGAGGAACUUCAGGUCUGGAAGGAGGUUGAUGGUAUCUUUUCAGCCGAUCCCUCCAAGGUGCCCACCGCACGCCUGCUCUCGUCCAUCACGCCCUCCGAAGCAGCUGAGUUGACAUUUUAUGGCUCAGAGGUUAUCCACCACCUCACUAUGGACCAAGUCAUCCGUGCUGAACCGCCUAUCCCCAUUCGUAUCAAGAAUGUUAAGAACCCUCGCGGCAAUGGCACUAUUGUCGUUCCUGACCGCAUCCUCUCGGCCAGCCAUCAACUUACACGGGACUCUCCCAAGCCUCAGGCAGAACACAAGAAGCCGAAGCGACCCACAGCCGUCACCAUCAAGGACCACAUCAGCGUUAUCAAUGUGCAUUCGAAUAAGAGAUCGAUUUCGCACGGGUUCUUCGCUCGCGUCUUUUCUAUCCUGGACACUUACUCCAUCUCGGUCGAUCUUAUCUCUACUUCUGAGGUUCACGUCUCUAUGGCUAUUCACUCGAGCAGUCAGCAGGUCGAGGCUUUUGGCAAAGCCACCAAGGAGCUUGCUGAGUGUGGUGAUGUGAGCGUGCUCAACGACAUGGCUAUUCUGAGCUUGGUUGGUGCUGAGAUGAAGAACAUGGUCGGUAUUGCAGGUCGCAUGUUUUCUACUCUGGGAGAACACAAUGUCAACCUCGAGAUGAUCUCACAAGGUAUGUAUGAUCCUCAUCUUGAAUAAGGAGUCUACUAACGAAGUCGAACAGGUGCCAGUGAGAUCAACAUCUCUUGCGUGAUAAGUGCACGAGAUGCUACUCGGGCUAUGAAUGUGUUGCACACACAUCUCUUCACAUUCCUUGAGUGAACGACAUAUAGGAGCAUGAUAUAGAUGGUAUUCGCAUGCGAUGGGAGUUGGUAGGGGUAUCCUUACGGACUUGAGUUUUUGUAUAGUCAAUUCGUUCUGCAAUGUGUUUGACUAUGUCGUUCAAAGGUGUUUUUGGAGUUUCGCUGGUAAAAAAAAAUUUGGGUUAGAGUUGGCAUGAUGGAUGUAUAGCAUUGAAAGGGCGGUAGACUUAUAUCAACUAUUGUUUCAGAAGGGAAUUUCAACGAUAACUCUCAUGAAUAGACUGUUAGGGGCGAAAUUAAAAAGAGGCUUUCACUAAGCUUACGUACACAGUAUGAACAAACUGGCAGUAA